AUGAAUAGGUAUGCAGUGCUAAGUGCUACAACUGUGAUCUUUGUUCUGGGGCUAGAGUUAUCACUAGCUAAUCCGUACGCUAAUGGGUACCCCUACAGUACGGCACUGGUGACGGAAACCAAACUGCUUAAGGGCGGCUCCGGUAAAGUUAGUUCGGCGGGCGGGAAAGAUGUGCGCGAUUUUACGCGGGAUCACGUUCUGGAUGAGAGCGGAAAGAUUGACUCGGCAGCCGAUGCUGUCCGAUAUCAUACGUUGGAUGGACAGUUGAACGGUCACCGGAUAGCCGAUACCUCGAAGGGUGGUUCGGUCGAUAAGGUGAAACAUUUGGCGGGGGAAAAUUUUGAAACCGAUAAGAAACACAAUCGGAAGCAUGUGAAAUCUGGUUUUUCUAAUUCUUACCACAAGGAUGAAACGGGAAGCAAGAGUUCGUACUACGAGGAUUCGGAUGAUCGUGGUGGAAAGCAGGUGUUUGAUAACAGGCAGAAUGCGAGGAAUAAUUAUAACGAUCAUUUGUACGAUAAAGAGCUGAGGAACGAUCGGUUGCGGGAUCGGUACGACGAUCGUUUUGGCAGCGCGGAUCUGCGAGGUGUUCGGGAUCAUCAGCGUCAUGCUGCUGCCGGUAGAGGAAAUCAUCACGACUAUCGUGAUGGAUUUCACGACGACGGUGGUCAUCGGUUGGAUUCAUAUGGGGUAGAAUAUUACCCGGGUUUGCCGCCCUUGGUUCCGAUACCGAACUCGGACGAAAUGUUCCGACGGCACAGCUACUACGAGCCGCGUCCAGCGUUCGCUACCGGGCCAUCUUCGACCAUUACCGUUUAUGAAGAUCCCAGAGAAAGCUUUUCGGCGUACGAUCAACACCAUCGCCGUUCGUUUCCGCCGGCGGCGGUCAACCGACGGGACGGUCUGUUCCGGCGGUUCGAGGACGAUUUGGUUGACCGAACCAGGAUCAUCUUCAGACCCAGUCCACUGCUGAACUACAGGGGGCGCUAUUGA